UUUGUUUAUGUAUUGUUCUUCUGUACUAUGUGGCCUCAAUCAGGGCAUUGCUGCAAAAGAGCCCUGUGCUCAGUCAAUUUCUCCCUGAAUAAACAAUGAUGAUGAUGAUGAUGAUGAUUAUUAAUUGCAUUCCUUAUAAAGGAGUGAAGAAUUGUGCUGAUGACUGGGAGUACUUUGAUGGAUCAUGUUACCACUUCUCCACUGAUACGAAGAACUGGAUUAAGAGUAGAGAUGCCUGUGUGACUAUUGGAGGACACCUGGUCAUCAUAAACAGUCAACAAGAAAUGGAUUUCCUGAAGGCCAAGGCUAAUCACUGGAUUGGUUUAACUGAUGCUAAGGAAGAGGGCAAAUGGCGCUGGGUGGACAACACACCCCUCACAAACCUAAAGUUGGUAAAACCCAAAAGAUAUUUACCUUUGUUUCUACUCAAUACAAUUCACAUUUAACACAAUUUCAUUGGUUAGAUAUGUCCAGAUCUAAAAACAAAGUAAAGAGCUGAAAUCUGAUACCUGGCAUGGUUUAAUUUUACAGAUUAUGAGCACCAUUUAUUAUGUUUAUGUGCUCUCUGGACUCUGCUCUUCCUCCAGGUUU